AUGGUCCUCAACCUGCUCGCCCAGGAGGCAGAUGAGGAGGAAGACCUCGACGCCUCCAACGCCCGCGAGACCACCACCUCGCCCGCGCCUCAGUCGCCGUCGCCGCCAUCUCCAGCGUCGCGAGUGCUGCGAGAACGGAGCGCCGUCGGCACGCCUCCGCAGCAGGCGGCGUCGCCAUCAGCGCAGAAGCGACGGAGCCCAGCCACGCCGGCGUCACCUUCGGCCCUGAAGAAGCGGCGGAUGACGAUGGAGCAGCAGCAGCAGCAGACGCGAUCUCCGCGACCACCAGACACAACACCAGCCCGCAAGGACGAUGGCGGCGAGGGCCUGUACGAGGAGGACGAUGGUGGCGGCCUGGCCAGCGGCGUUGUGGCCUACGACGACGACGACGACGACGGAUUCGACGGCUUGCCGGCGCAGGAGGAAGGGCAAGAGAACGAAGAGGAGGAAGAGCGAACGCGAAGCGAAGACUACGAUGAAAGCGAAAGCGAAAGAGAAAGAGAAAGAGAGGAAAAAGAACGAAGGGAGGAAGAGGAGCGGCAUGCAGAGAAGGCGAAGAAGGAGAAGAGGAAACGGCACGCAGAAAAGGAGAAAGCGAAGAAAGCGAAAGCGAAGGAGAUCAAGAAGAGGAAGAAAGAAAAAGAAAUGGAGAUGGAGAAAGAAGAAGAAGAAGAAGUCGAGGAAGGCGAGGAGGAAGAGGAGGAAGCGGAGGAGGUGGAGGUGGAGGGGAUGCGGGAGCAGGAGGCGCAGAUCCGAGCGGAGAAGGAGCGGGCCGCGCGGGAAAGCGAGCGGGAGCGGGAGCGGCUGCGCGAGGCGAAGGGCAAGGACAAGGCCACCCGCGCGGACGACCACAACGGCGAGCCGACAACAAAGAAGAAACGGAGAACAGAGCCGGUGGACGACACGACCGAAGCCGAAAACGGGCACGAGGACGACGCCAAGUGGGUCGAUUGGACAGACCUCGGCCUGCCACCGACGGCCAAGGAGUCUGAAAUCAUAACGCGGGCGGUCCUGGACGGAAUUGUGAGCUUCGAGGGCGAGGUCGACGACGAGCGAAGCCAAGAAUUGGCCCGCUUCCACGACGCCGUAGAGAACGCGCUCCAGGAAAUCGUCGAUGCGACUUCGACGUACUAUGCCCUGAAGCAAGCCGAGUCGAAGAGCCGUGCAAGGGUGCUCAAGAAGCGCAGGGAGCUCCUCAAAAUCCAACGCGAACGAGCCGUCUUGGGCGAGCAGAUGCGGGUGCUCGAGGAGCAGAACGCAAAGGCCCGGGACGAGACUUCGGACGUGGCCUCACUCGACCAAUACCUGAGCCAGCUGCGCGGCCUUCGACAAUCCGUCGCUAAGUUGCCGCCGCCAAGCCAAGAAGUGUCAAGCGACGCGGCGAGUCUCGGAGCGUUGGCAACGGGCCUGGGCGUGGGCGGCACGGCGGGCAGUCUACGGACCGUGCGGGAGGUCAACGCCGACCUGGAGGCGUGCCUCAAGAUGAUCGACCACCUCGCCGCCCGACAACCAACCACCACUUCUUCCUCCACACGCAGGAAGAAGAACAAAGGAACAUAA